GAUGCAUUGUGCACGUGGUUUUUGGGGAGCGAAGUCCUCGUCCUGUAGGGCUCAGCCUGCUGCUAAAAACCAAAGAGGAACGGCCAGUCAGACGUAGAUAUCAUGGGUCGAAUGGACGGUAAAGUUGUGAUUGUCACAGCAGGUGCACAGGGAAUUGGCCGAACAACAGUUGAGGCUUUUGCAAAGGAAGGUGCUACUGUGUAUGCAACUGAUAUCAAUGUUGAAAAAUUAAAUGAAUUAAACGGAGUUAAAGGUGUCAUCACCAGAAAACUAGACGUUACCAGCAAUGAAGAUGUGAAUGCCCUUGCAAAAGAGAUUGAUACAGUUCAUGUGCUAUUCAACUGCGCAGGAUGGGUGUUUAAUGGCACUUUGUUGGAGACUCAGGAAUCUGACUGGGAUUUGUCGUUUGAUAUCAACAUUAAGUCCAUGUUCCGUAUGUGUAAAGCAUUCAUACCAAAGAUGCUUGCUAAUGGUGGAGGAAAUAUAAUUAACAUGUCAUCAGCGGCUAGUUCAAUUAAAGGUGUGCCAAACAGGUGUGCAUAUUCAGCUACGAAAGCAAGUGUGAUUGGACUGACGAAGGCAAUUGCUGCUGACUAUAUCAAGAAAGGGAUACGUUGCAACUGUGUUUGUCCGGGUACUGUUGAUACACCCUCUCUCCGGGAUAGAAUUAGAGCCACUGGUGAUGAAGAAAAGGCAGUAGCUGAUUUUAUUGCUCGCCAACCUACUGGUGAACUUGCAAAAGCAGAUGAUAUUGCCAACCUUAUAGUCUUCCUUGCUUCCGAUGAGUCGAAAUUGAUCUCUGGAACUGAAGUUAAAAUAGAUGGUGGGUGGACUUUGUAGGUGCUUCAGACAAGUCUCCAUGAGGAUUGGCCAAGUGAAGCUAUGGGAACAGGGAGUCUUCCAUAAUUAUACAAACAAUUUUAAAACAAUUACUAACCAAAACAUUCCUGUGUAUGCCACAAAUUGUAUCUCCUAUUUUGGGAUGCCAGUGUUAUUUUCAGUAAUUACUUAUUAAUAACUGCGAGAAGUAGCAAAUGUAGCCUAUGGUUUUUGGUAUGUGUGUGAUUAUGCUAAUUGCAUAAUUAAUAUGUCAUUAAUGAGGAAAUUUACCAUGCCAUCGUAAUUCCCAUAGAAAAUUGUUUUUACCAUGAUAACUAAAGCUUGGUAAGACUGAUUGGUUUCAAAAUAGUACUCAUCAUAUUCUCAGAGAAAAAUCACAAUGUGGGGAGGCUAUGCUUUUAUUGUGCAGCGUAAAGUAGCAUUUCUAGUUGCCUUUUCAGUUUCACAAAUCUUACAUAUAGUUACCAACCUGAGAGAUUUGAAAUGUGUGCCAGGGCCCCAGUGGGGUCCAGGCCCCUGGCGCUCCGACGAUCUGAGCAUUUUUAAGCUGUUUUAAAAUAGAUUUAAGGGGGUAUUUGUUGACAGCACAAGGUACAUAUAACAAACAUAUUUUUAAUAGAGCCACAUACAAUUUGAAUUUCAAUGUUCAUUGUUUAAUCUGAGCACCUGAACUAUGUACACAAAUAUUUGAUUACUUAAAUACUGUCUAAUGACUCAAGUUACUGCAUGACCAUUUUUAUAUUUUUAAUAAAACCAAUUUCAUCUAAUCUUAAAUACAUUUUCCCCUGAAUUUGUGAUAAUUCGUUGUCACACAUGGACCUGUGCUAAAUGCGUGACAAAUUAUGAUUACUCAUGUGUUCUUGCAAAAUGCGUGUUUCAAACAAAAUCACUGUGAAAUGCGGGACCGUCACACAAAAUGCAAGACGGUUGGUAACUAUGUGGUUACGGCAAAACGUCUGAAAUCUGUAAUCGUUUCUGAACUGUGACGCCAACAAUUUCACUGCCCGCUAUUGUACAUCACUUUCCUGGUUGUCCUUUGUUUUUUUGUUUUUUUUCGUUUUGCUUUGUGUGUAAUUAAAGAGGCUGU